GAUUGGUCACUUGGAGGAGGCGUCUCUCGCAGCUGGGCGGUUGGUGGCUAUUUCCGGAGUAAGAUGGCUGCAACGCGUGUGCUGGGGACCUGGAGCCGGAAUGCUGUCAGACUGACUUAUGUUCGCUAUUUUCAAACAUGUAAUAACGUACAUGUUUUAAAGCCAAAAUGUGUGUGUUCCUUCGGUUAUCCUUUGCUCAAAUACAGUCAGCCACAUCUCUCCCUGAGAACAGCAGCUGUGCUGCAGGGACAGGUUGUUCAAUUCAAACUCUCUGACAUUGGAGAAGGGAUUCGAGAAGUAACUAUUAAAGAAUGGUAUGUAAAAGAAGGAGAUACUGUGUCUCAGUUUGACAGCAUCUGUGAAGUUCAAAGUGACAAGGCCUCUGUCACCAUCACCAGCCGCUAUGAUGGUGUCAUUAAGAGACUCUAUUACAAUCUGGACGAUAUUGCGUAUGUGGGGAAGCCACUGAUAGACAUUGAAACAGAAGCUUUAAAGGAUUCAGAAGAAGAUGUUGUUGAAACUCCAGCUGUGUCUCAUGAAGAACACACUCACCAAGAGAUAAAAGGCCAGAAAACACUAGCGACACCUGCCGUUCGUCGUCUGGCGAUGGAAAACAACAUUAAGCUGAGUGAAGUUGUUGGCUCCGGAAAAGAUGGCAGAAUACUUAAAGAAGAUAUUCUCAACUUUUUGGAAAAGCAAACAGGAGCAAUAUUGCCUCCCUCACCAAAAGCUGAAAUAACACCACCUCCACCACAAGCCAAAGAUAGGACCUUUCCCACGCCAAUAUCAAAGCCUCCAGUAUUCACAGGCAAAGACAGAACAGAGCCCAUAACAGGUUUCCAAAAAGCAAUGGUCAAGACCAUGUCUGCAGCCUUGAAGAUUCCGCACUUCGGCUACUGUGACGAGGUGGACCUUACUGAACUGGUUAAGCUUCGGGAAGAAUUGAAGCCUGUUGCUUUGGCUCGUGGAAUCAAACUCUCCUUCAUGCCCUUCUUCUUAAAGGCUGCUUCUUUGGGAUUGCUCCAGUUUCCAAUCCUCAAUGCCUCUGUGGAUGAAAACUGCCAGAAUAUCACCUACAAGGCUUCUCACAACAUUGGGAUAGCAAUGGAUACUGAGCUGGGGUUAAUUGUCCCCAAUGUGAAGAAUGUUCAGGUCCGCUCUGUGUUUGAGAUCGCCAUGGAACUGAACCGACUCCAGAAACUGGGUUCUUCCGGUCAGCUCAGUACCACCGAUCUUACUGGAGGGACAUUUACUCUUUCCAACAUUGGAACAAUUGGUGGAACCUAUGCCAAGCCAGUGAUAUUGCCACCCGAAGUAGCCAUCGGGGCCCUGGGAGCAAUAACGGCCCUUCCCCGAUUUGACAAGAAAGGAGAAGUUUAUAAAGCACAGAUAAUGAAUGUGAGCUGGUCAGCUGAUCACAGGGUCAUUGACGGAGCCACGAUGUCACGCUUCUCUAACCUGUGGAAAUCCUACCUUGAAAACCCAGCAUUUAUGCUGCUCGAUCUGAAAUAAUGUGAAGUAAGACAUCCUUGAAUCUUUUGCAUUUCCAAAGAGUGCGUGAGGCCGGGCUGUGCCGCCACGUAUUCCUGUUACACUUGCGUUAGAAAUGAUCUGCGUUCCCCGCUUAAGUCUCUAAAGCACAGUAUUUACCACUGGCAUGGUAGGCUCUUGGCUGAAAAUAAACGAUGGUGAGAUGAUUGCCCUGGGGUAUCACACUGUGUAGGUGACAGGGUGACUUCUCAAUAUGGUGCUGAGAUCUUUGUGUCAAUCAGUUGAAACAGGCAACAAAACAAAAUUAAUGUUACUAAAAGGCAAGUAGCAAUAUACACAUGGUAUUUGCCAUGUUUCUUUCUGUUUUUAA